AUGGCGGACAUCAGAGGAGGUGCAGUUGUUUGUAGCGACACCUGUGGCUGUCCUUCUCCAUGCCCCGGCGGCGCCGCUUGCAGCUGCGUAAAAACUGAAACGGGGAGCGGGGUGACUCACAAGGUGUGCUCGUGCGGUGAGCACUGUGGCUGCAACCCCUGCACCUGUUCCAAGACCGAAGUGACUUCCACCGGCAGAGCGGUCUGCAAAUGUGGCCCCGGCUGUACCUGCGUCACUUGUAGUGCUUAG